CAGGGCUGCCUCGUGGGCAGCGGGUGGGGCUUUCAGCGCUCCUGCGGGAGAUCUCCCAUGAGACCGGGAGGAGGAGAAGGCUACGAGGUCCUGGUUUUCGUAACGGCAUCGCCCACCAGUAGGGAUGCGGCAUGGGUGGAGUUCGAUGAAACUAAAAUAAACGCUGCGUGUGGUGAAUGUGAGCAGCCUCAGAAGAGCAGACCGCGAUAGCUAGGACGAGGAGAGCUUUUUCUCCAAAAUCUGACAAGAUGAUCAAAUCCUUCAAGCAAAUAUUCCUGUCCCUGGAUCUGCAGUCCCCUCGGUGGAGCUCAGCAGAGACUGUGGCAAAGGAUUACGAACUGCGCCAGUACGAGACAGCCAAGUGGGUUAGCACUGUCAUCAGGGGAGAGACCCAGAAGGAGGCGAUGCGCCAGGGCUUCUGGAAACUCUUCCACUAUAUCCAAGGGAAGAACGAGAAAGAAAUGAAGAUUGAUAUGACUGUCCCAGUGACAUGUCUGAUAAAGUCUGGCUGUGCAGACUUCAAGAUCUCUUUCUUUUUGCCAUUUGAACAUCAGGACUCCCCACCACAGCCCACUGAUUCAGAGGUGUUCGUUGAAGAACGAAAGGGAGCAAGCAUCUUUGUCAGGUCCUUUGGUGGUUUUGCCUCACCCGAGAAAUACGCUGAGGAAGCUGAAGCAUUGGCCAGAAUCCUGAGAAACAGAGGCCAGCUAUUCCAUGAAGACUUCUUCUACACCGCAGGCUAUGACAGUCCCUUCAAGCUCUUCAACAGGCACAACGAAGUGUGGUAUUUUAAGAAGUAAUAUGGGGGAAAAAAAUAGUAAGAACCUACUAAUCAGUUCCGGAUGAGAACAGGCCUCAUUACUGGCUCUUGCUUUAGUGCAGAAGAGACUAAACUUGCACAUGGACACAGAAGCAUCUCUUAAUGCUUUUUUAUCUGGGAUAGAAGAGUACUCUGGCUAAAAAGAUCUCGGCUCUCUUUUUUACAAGAUGAGGCUUAAAUUCAGGUAGCUCAUACCAGUUGGAGUUGGAUGGAGAUGACUCAGCUCCACUCCUUUUACUGCAAAAUUCUGGGGAAACCCUGUGAUCUGAAAACAUUCCUAUAGGACAAUUUGGAUCUCUAGUUUUACUUCUCAUUAGAAGUGCUACACCUGUAUUGUUCAAGCGUUACAGAGAGCAAGCUCCUCAGAGCUGACUUCUCCCAUAUCGAUCUCACUCCUGAGACAGCACGGAUGGGGGAUUAAAGCACUCCUCAGAGAAGAAACCUAGCAUUAAUGAGUUUUAAUGAAAUGGCAUUAACGAAAGCAGCAAUGCCAUAGCAGGCUCUAUUGCCUCCUAUACAUUAGCACUAUCUUUUUUAAAUAGGGUUAUCAAAAUCCCCCAUCUUUCUGCUCAUUCUUUUCUUCCCAGCAGAGGCUGGAUACAGUCCUAUUCUCAACUAAUGCCAGUGACCAGAUGAGACUGAGAAGCCAGGGCAGAAAGGUUAACAGCAUCCAAGCUGUAUGCUUACUUCGUGUACAUCUACUGUAGGUUCCUAACAGACUUCUUGCCUUUAUGGUACUUUCAUAGUUGCACGUUUCGAAAUAUACAAGUAGUACACUGUUUUAAACGUGAAAGAGCUAAACAUUAAGUGCUACUUCAAUUAUUUAGCUUUGCCAAAAUCUAAGUAUGAUUCAAUUCAACUCUACUCUGCCUGAACACUAAUGGUAUGCCUGGCACCCCGCAAAUUAGAAGACACUUGCAGAGCUACGUUUCCUUACACUAAUUUACUCUGCCCUAAAUCAAGCUUUUGAAGCUUUCAUAAAAUAGCCUGGAGCUUCAGCAGCAAGCUAUUCAAGUCAGAAAGCAGUUCAACAACAACAGGCAGAGUUUACAGGAUUUUAUUGGUUCCAAUCAAUAUCAGAUAUUACCACCGCAAAGCCUUGGCCUUUUUUUUUUUUUUUUUUAAAAACUGCUGUUCAUGUAGUGUAACCCAUUGUUCUGGGGUCUUCCACCUAUUAAGACAGACACAGGAACUGUUAUAGGGCACCAAAGUGACAAGAAGUUAGCUGGAAACAACUCAGACCUUAGAUUUUCAUCUCUGUUCAGAGAGAGAGUUCAAGCUAAGGUUGUAAUCAUCACUUGUUCCAGCAAAGAAGUUACUGUAGCCAGGUAUACCCACCUUUUUCGUUCCUCAUACAGUAGUUUUGAAGCUUCCUCUCCACCUAAAGGAAGAAAACAGGCUUAACAUAUGCAGUAGCGCAACUGCUAAAAGCUUCUUUCAGCAGCUGUGUAACCUCAGAAAGAAUGGAACGGAAAUGGGUAAUAUCACAGUAAUUCAUCUGGCAGAAUCAAAUUUCAUCACCGGCUACAAAUACUCCCCAAAGCUCUUUAAUUUUCUGCUGUGUGAUCUUACCUAAUGAAGUUGCAGACAGAACAGUCCUUUCCUGAGGAAGAAUGGAAUUGUUUUAGAGCAGCAAACAUCACUGUAUGCAAGUUUAAUUAUACAUCUAUGAAAUUCUAUUUACCAAACUAAUUACAGCUAUAAGGAGGCUACAUUUCAGGCGCCAGCUGACAGGAGCCUCAACUUUUAGCACAUAAGUAGCAGUUAUAAAGCUUACAAAUCCUAGCUGAAUUUGAAAUAUGGAAUUACUAACAGAAGACUAACAUUAGAAGAAUCAGGAAAAAAAGUACGUAGCUACUACUUUGUGAUAUUGCCCCUCCCCAAAGUCAUAUUCAAUUAGAAUGAGUUUUGAGACCUAAAAAUACAAGUUCCACAGAACUCUUAUCUUGAAAACCUAUCCUCAAAAGUAAAAGCCAGUCUACAGAAGAAAACAAGUUUUUACAGUAAUCAGCUAGAACUUAAUCCUAAAUUUAAGUACAACAUGACCAAGAUCAUCACUAUUUAAGUAAUAAUUGUUGUCAGCUAGAAGAUUCAGGGCUUUUUUUUUUUUUUUUUUUUGCAGAGUGCAGCAGUGUUGUACUGUCAGUCUAUAGGAUAGCCAGGUGCAUCAGAUGGGAGUGACAUGUUUGUUACUGUGUAUUCUGCUGAACUAUGUUACCAAUGUUGUAUUGGCUGAAAUAGUCUCAUCACUGAUUCAGUUUCUUUACUGCUUCCACUGUGUGAAGGUAUCCAGCAAUAAAAGCUUUUUAGUCACCAA